UUAAUUUCACUUGUUGAGAUAGAAAACGGCGCACUUCCAGUCGGUUCAAAAUCAAAUCAAAAAUAAAUUCUAUAAUUAUUUAUUAUUUACAAAUUAGUCUAGAAAUAGUUAUCUAGUUUAUUAAAAAAGAAACUAUUUCUUGUCAAACUAUGAACGCAAAGAAAGUUAAAUCAGCUGAAAAUAACGAAAAUCUGUGUCCAUUAUCAAGAAAACGCAUAAAACCGACAACCCCAUCAUCUUGGACGCAGGUGAAAACUAUCGAUAUUCCACAGUGUCUUGAAGAAAUGGGUAUCGGAAUGUUGGAAUCCGACGAGUCUUCCUCGUCAGCGUCGGCGAUAGCUUUAGCAGUUAGUGCUAGUGAUGAAAAUUCAAAUGAAGCAACUCCCAAUUUAGAUGCCCCCAAAUUGUGCUAUCAAGCAUUGCAACAAAACCGUCUCAACUACAGUGUUGACUUGGACACUACAGAUAAUGCAAUUUAUUCAAAUGACUCACUUAAGCUACAUAACUUUAACAAAACCACAAAUAAUCACAACAACAAUAAUAACAACAUCGCCUGUAAUUCGACUGAAAAGUACAAUGAUCCACGCAACAGCAGUGAAAAGAAGAAGAGAGUUGCAAUAUUAGGUGCUGGAAAUUUAAGCUCACAAAAAUCACGCAGUCCAUUGGCGACUGUGGCUUGCAACAAUAACUAUAAGAAUAUAAAUAAAACACAACCUCCGACAUUUGCUGGUUCAAUUCAGGAAAUCACUCCGUCAUCUUCCUCCGGAGGUGCACAGCCAUGCAGUUCAAAGGAAACAAGUGCUGCAACCUCAUCCGCGGUUGAAUCCAAACAGUUCUUUGUACCGGAUGAGAAUUUCUUUCUCUAUCGCAAUCGAGCGAUGCGUGGGUCCGAUGGGAAAGAUCAUUUCUCAAAACUUUCGGAUGAAAUAAUUCUACAAAUUUUUAAGUUACUACCUAAAAAGGCGCUCAUAAGAUGCAGCUAUGUGUGUCAGAGAUUUAAUUGCUGUGCCAGAGAUGAGUCUCUGUGGACUAGAUUGGAUUUGGGUGGGAGGUCACUUCGUGCUGGAGCUCUUGGCGAUAUUCUUCCUCGAGGAGUUGUAAUACUCCGCCUGGCUCAAUCAGAGAUGAGUCAUCCAGUAUUUGAUCCUGAACUCCUACAGAUGUACCCCGAUUUUGAGAGUAAACUACAGUAUUUAGACCUAAGUAUGGCCGUUAUAACAAAACCCUCCCUCAAGUCUUUGCUCUCCCGAUGUCGACAGCUUAAAAAGCUUAGUUUGGAGCAUGUUCCAGUUAACGAUGAAAUAUGUGAUGAAAUUUCCAAGAAUAAAGAUUUAGAGGCAUUAAAUUUGGCAAUGGUUGCUGGACUGGAAGCAUGGAGUCUACGCAAAAUGAUGCUUGAACUGAAUAAUUUAAACAGUUUAAAUUGUUCGUGGACAAAUUUAAAUGUUGAUGGGGUUUCUGCUCUGGUUUCGAAUGUUUCGCCAAAUUUAAUGCGACUUAAUUUAUCAGGCUGCAGAAAAACUAUGUUCGAUUCGCAUUUAGUAACCCUCGCCAGAAGAUGUCCACAACUUAUUGAAUUAGAUGUAUCAGACUGCACAGCUCUUUCGUCAAAUGCAGUAUCCUUUGUUUGUAAAUUUAUGAGUCUCGAAUAUUUAUCUCUAUCAAGAUGCUAUCAAAUUUUAGCACCUGCCUACAUGGAUUUAAACAACAUACCAACUCUCAAAUAUUUAGACGUAUUUGGUAUAUUAUCAGAUACGGCUUUAGAAAUGCUACAACAGAACUUUCCAUUAUUAAUGAUCAACAAAUUCAUUCAUAGUUCGGUAGCAAGACCGACAGUUGGAACACGAAGGACUUCGAUAUGGGGACUUCGGACACGCGAUUGAACAAAAAGAAAACUUGUUUUAUUUAUAUAAAUGCUCUUUAAGUUAGAUCAGCUAUAAUAAUCUUAAAAUAAAUUAUAAGUCAAAUAAAAGAAAAGAAAAACAAAAAAACAAUUUAACGUAAUAUUUAACUGUAUAAGUUGUUACCUAUAUUUUUGAAAUUGUAAGUACAUAAUUUGAUAUUUUACAUUUGAUUGGUAUUAUUAUUUAUAUGGAGACAUAUUUUGAUUUUUAUUUAAAUGCGAAUUGGUCAGAAAUAUUUUGUAAAAUUCUUUAUGCAUAUAAAAUUAUAAAUCUAAACUCUUAUAAAAAUUAUAAAUAAAAUAAUAAAAAACAUAAGGAUAAAA